CCUAGCGGGUGGAGGCUGCCAGCCUCGGCGGAAGACUGCCCUGGCCCCCAUAUAUCUGCCCUAAGCUAAAGCAGUUUAUGAUCGACUGUAAAUCGAAUCCUGCAGUCUGCCUUUCCACUGAUCCCAGCACUCGUUUAGAUCGAGUGUAGCUACCGCACGGAAAUAUGCCUGAUUCUUCAAAAAGGCGUUCGGCUCCAAACAACGCCUCGUUCAAGAUGAAGAUUAGGCGCAUUUUGCUGAAAAACCCGAUAAACUGGGUGAGCCUGCGUUUCAACCUCAUGCAGACCUAUUGACCCAAAAUGCAUAAAUAGGAAUCCAAAGCACUCGCUUUUCAAUCACUUCAGCUACAAUAUUCACUAUACAUCCUUUUUCAGGUCUUAUUACACCCAAUACAAAACACAAGUCGCAAGAUGAAGACCUCCACUGUCCUAUUCGCCUUUUGCUCGCUUGCCGGCAUCGAAAAGGCCAUUGCCGCUCCGGUCGGCGAACUACUGACACGGGCAACGGGGACCGGCAACGAUGACUGUGACCCGAUUCAGGGAACGCUCAAUAUCCGCGGUGAAGAUGCUCUCACCUAUGAUGCCGACUGCUGGGCGAUGCUGUGCGGAGGAAAAGAUCCAGUUAUGCAAAAGAUCGCAUCAAGUUAUGCCGAUAAGCAUCGCCAAGUCGCCGCUGGAAGCGCUGCCUCCAAGCAGCCCUUCAAGAACCCCUCGUCCAAUGGCAUCAAGGCCCUUCCACCCACUACUGCAUGGGGCCUCAACCAGGACUGGGAUUCCGCAGAAGAAUUCCCGUUUGCAUCAACGGUCAGGGGUGGACAAGGUGCCCUUCUAUUCCCGGUGAACAAAAAGUCGCAGGAUGAGCAAAAGAUCUCGCUUUCCGCAUUCUACUCCUCCAACAGGAUCAAGGGUUAUGACCCGGCCAAGAAGGGCCAAGCUGGCGCUGAGGAUGGAACAUGGUUCACUAUCAAGAAGUUUACCGGUCCAGUAGGACCCUACUGCAAAGCUUACAAUGAUGAUGAUAUUAGCGUCUGCCACAAGAAGACUGCGGAUUCCCGCUGGGACUACGACCCUGCUGAGUAUGCGUAUACUUAUGAUCACGCAUCCAAGACUUUCAAACACCAAGGAAAGUAAAUGCCUGAGCUGCUGCUCUUGCAAUAAGUCCGACAAACAGCAUACGGUCGUAGACUACAUGUUAUUGUAGUACCUUUUGUACAUCAUGGAUUUCUGCACCGACGACCAAGACGCAUCCAAAAUACCUACAGCAGCCCGCGACGACUCAGCAAAUUCAACUGAUCGAAACUUCCUAUCAUAACUGAACGCAACUGAAGAACCCCCACCCCCACCAUUCUUCAGGCUGUUGAGGUGACUGCGGGAAAAUGUACAACUAUUUCAGUCCAGCAUGACCUACGCUGGACUUUCCUGGAAAAGAGUUAUAAGUCCUACCGCAAGGCCCGCCUUGACAACCGGGCAUUUCAUCUCAGGAGAUACUAUGACAAAACGGACGUUGCAAAAUAUCCCCUGCCUUGAUAUAGUCAUUUGACUUAAUGCAUUGCUCUUAUUCUGAUACAAUUUCAUGACAUUCUUCCAUAUGGGCAUUUACUCGAAGG